GAGGUGGGUGGGAUUUUUUGAGAGGCGUUGCCGCAGCGCACGGAUCGCACCAGGAAUAUAUACCCGCAGUUUCCUCGCCCGUUUUCAUACAUUGCGCAUUUUUGCUGCCGACCACAGCAGCUUCCAGAAGUUUUAAGGUAUCCGAAGAAAUAAAAUAAUAAUAAGGACGCCAUGGCUAACUACAUCCAUGUCCCCGACGAGGCUCCCGCUGUGCCCAAAAUAGACGUGACAGUUGACGAGAGCGACUACCGACCCGGUGCACUGAAGCUCAUCAAAGAGCUGAGACCGAGCUGGAAGCCGUCUGAGGUCAAAAUGAAGUUUUUCACAGAUGGAAUCACCAAUAAAUUACUUGGCUGCUACGUGGGUGCGGUCAUGCAGGAUGUGGUUCUGGUCCGUAUUUAUGGCAACAAAACAGAACUCCUGAUCGACCGAGAAAACGAAGUGAAAAGUUUUAGAGUGCUCCACACGCACCGCUGUGCUCCACGCCUUUACUGUACCUUCAACAACGGCCUGUGUUACGAAUUUCUGCAAGGAACCGCCCUGGAGCCCGAGGACAUCCGCAGCCAGCCUGUUUUCAGGUUAAUAGCCCGGCAGUUGGCAAAGUACCAUGCCAUCCAUGCCCAUAACGGCUGGGUACCACAGUCUGACUUGUGGCUGAAGAUGGGCAAGUACUUCGCUCUCAUCCCAAAGUACUUCAAGGACCCUGAGCAAAAUGCCAGGUUUAACAUGGAGGUUCCCAGCCCACAGUGCCUCCGAGAAGAGCUGGUGUGGCUCCAGCAGAGGCUGUCGUUGCUGGGCUCGCCUGUAGUUCUCUGCCACAACGACCUGCUGUGUAAAAACAUCAUAUACAACGAGGCAGCAGGCAACGUAAAGUUCAUUGACUACGAGUACGCUGGGUACAAUUACCAAGCCUUUGACAUUGGGAACCAUUUCAAUGAGUUUGCUGGCCUGAACGAAGUGGACUAUAGUCACUACCCAGGUCGGGCCUUCCAGCUGCAGUGGCUUCGCUCUUACCUGGAGGCCUAUAAGGAGCACAAAGGUCAGGGCAGCGAAGUUACUGACAGAGAGGUGGAGGUUCUCUAUGUCCAAGUCAACCAGUUUGCCCUGGCAUCUCACUUCUUCUGGGGUCUCUGGGCGCUGAUUCAGGCCAAAUUCUCCACCAUCGACUUUGACUUUUUGGGAUAUGCAGUCUUGCGCUUCAACCAGUACUUCAAGAUGAAACCAGAAGCGACUGCACUGAACUUACCUGAAUAAAAAGCCCCCCGCUGCCCCUCACCACCUCCUCCUCCUCCAGCUCUUCCUCUCAUCCGACCUGCUCUGCGGCUCCCACGACGACUGCAGAGCGCCCUCUAGAGGUCCGUGUUGAGAAGAGCCACACUGAGAGUCCUGUUCAGUUCCCAAAGGUCCGGUCUAACAUCUCGAUUUUAUUUAAAGACCGACCGCACCGCAGUCUUAUCCAUCAUCUGCAGACACACAUUUGCUAACCAGGAUUUAGCCCAAAUUUGCGGGCGUGUGUGACAGACAUAUUUGAGCCCCGCUUUAAUGUGAAGCCCACACGGCUAAAUUAUUGUGAUGAUUUCCGUUUUACUAAUAUGAACUCGGAUAUUAAUGUGACAUCAUUUGUGAGCAGCUCAGAUCACUGUAAGCAGCGAGGCAGAUGAGAAAUAGCAACAUGUAUGAUAUGUAGCCCAAAAAAACCCCACAAAAUCUGCCUGCCUGGACGUACCUUCCUCAUUAUGCACAUAGAUGGGGGAAAGCUUUGAGAGCCAGUGCAGUUAAAGACCAAAUUCUUACAAAAAAAGUAACACAAAGCCCGCUUUGUUCGCUGAGGAUGAAAAAAAUACAAAUGCCGACAUGGAAAAGGCCAGUGCUGCCCUGUAAUCCCAUGUGAUACACCGUGAAGGGGGAAAAAAAAACAAAUCUCGUGGCCUGCCCUGGUGACUCUUGUUUCCACCCUUAUUUUCUCUGUGCAUGCAUGGGUGGUGCACCAGAAUAGUCGUGUAGUCAUCGUUGCCGUGUAGCCGGGUGAGGGUAGAAACACGGCGAGCGUUCUUUUGUUUACUUCCAGCCUCCUCCUCGAGUCGAGACGCUCCGGGGGGAGGGGGCGGGAUUUUCACUGUAACGUAGGUUUCAUGUUUUGUUUUUGACACUGCAUCUCGCUGAAAUUUGAACAUUCCUCGUUCAAAUCGGUAGGUUUGGUCGAGCUCUCCGUUGUAGGUCAGCAGCGUCGGGGUCUUAAUUCACUGUAAGCCACGCUGUUCUACACAAGACCAAACCUGCGGGAACGUUUUGGAAUCAUAAAACACUGCUGUUCAGCUUUUGAACCGACGACUGACCAUUUUAUACACGUAGACUCACUAAUGUGUGUUAUUAAAUGUGAUGCGUCCUUACUGACGGUCAGAGCCGCUGUCGGCAUUCAUCCUUUUAAUGUUUAGUUUAAUGGUUUGGAGAAAAAUGUAGACAUUUGGAGCGAAAUUUGGUUAAGCGAGAUAAAGCGCGUCGUCUUCUCUCAGUACUUGCACUUGAUUAUUCACCUUUGAACCUUUUGUGUUGAUCGUAGAUGUUUUUAAAAGGAACUUUAGGAAGCCUUUUAGAAAUGAACACAAUCUCUUGGUUGUUUAACAAGCCUACACCAAAGUGCUGACAUCUGUUUUUUCUGCUUGCACACUGUAUCAUUUUGUUGAAGAGAAUUAGAAGGACAUAGAUUUGUAGUGACGGCUUUUGUUCUUCAUUUACAUUGAAGGUCUUUGAGAGCGUUGGGAGCACAAAAAAAAAAUCCCAAAAUAGCUAAAAUUGCUUCACAUAAAUGCAGAGAAGGAUUUUUUUUUCUUGUUUACUCCAAAACAAACUGACAGAGCUCCAUGAAGAGACCGUUACCAACAACAAUCUGUGCUGUCCGCUUAUGUUCACGCUGCUGCACUGUAGUAAGGAGUAGAUAUCGGAGGGUUCAUCUGCCUGCGUGCCUGUGAAAGCUUUUCUUUUAUACUGACGGUAGUGAAUUCUGAAGGUCAGACCUGUUCGUUAUCACCCAUCUGGUGUUUUUCAUGUCAGGGGAUUUACGACAGAAGAAGCAGUCGGACCUAAUGUUGGACUUCUGUGCAAAUAAUAUAGAAACUUGAUGGGAAAAAGUUUAAAUCACCGGUUUGAGUUCUGAUGGUGGAAAAGUUUAAAGGUGUCUGUGGAAGAUUUUUUUUCUUUUUUUUGCGUGCACGGUUAGACUAAGUUUACACAACCUUAAUGUACUCUAUCAAAUUCAACUUCACAUAAUCUAAAGUACUGAAAUUAUACUGGUAGAAUAUUUCAUGUAGGUUUAUUUUUUGACUAUCUGGAACAAAUGUGUUGGUAUUUAACAGUCUGUCUUUCAAAUCUCUUUGGCCACUGUAGCAUAUGUUUAUAUGUACAUUAAACAAAUGUAAUAAUAUCGUUGCUUGUUCUCAAAUGUGAAUUAAUGUACAUAGAGGGAGUUCUCUUUUUUUUGUUUUUUGUUUUCUAAAAGUUGCAUUCAAGUGAAUAAGAGGUGAAACUGGAAAACGAAAUGUAAAUAUGCUUUAAAAAAUAAAGUUUAUUUACGCUUA